CCCUCUGUAUCGGCAUCUGACAUGAAAAUGUUAGCGACCACCCCAUCCUUCGCAGCGAAUGCUCCUUUCAGCGCGCUCUGGGAGGUAACCAGGGUCGCCUUGCACUGCAAUGUCGAUGUAUCGGAUAUCGACUUGCAGUGGCGCGACGACUGGAGGGAUCUCAAUGUUUUCUGGACCAGCCUGAAGGGUCACCCGGCUCUCCUCGGGAAAACGCUCCCAGUUAAAUCAGACCCUCAUGCCUGGAAACUUAGCCUCGAGGAGGACUCUACGUCCAGUGGACAGGCUGUGAUAUUAACAGCCUCCAUACAUGCUGACAAGUCGAAACUCGACCCGCCGAUGCGGCUGGAGCUCCACCCCUUAAAGGUAGAGCAAAGCUCCCGCCUACUUCGUCGCUUCGGGUGGGAUCGAUUUCUCGAGGUUCGGCUCCUUGCCGUCGAUUCUUGGCAGGCUACUGAUGAGCAGGAUUUGGAGGCUGCUGUUGCCCGGUGGCUUGCCAGUGGGCCUCAUCACUUCAUAGGCCGCCAGUGGUCGGCGUUCUAUAUUCGUGACCGGCCAUUCAAGUUGGAAGAACCUCAGCAGAGUUCUCACAAUGUGCCUGUGAAGACGCUUUUCUAUGAUAGAGUUCUGUUCUUCGCUGAGAGGGGACGUGAUCUUCCACUGACAAAAAAACCUCGAUUAAGCGCAUCUGCUGAAACCAGUAUUACUCCGAAAUAUCCCAGAACGGCUCUGGAUAGGAAUGCCAUGUUAGACUGGCUUCUAAACUGGGAAGCCAACGGGCAACAGUCUUACCUCAAGCUUUUCCAUCGCAUCGCUCUUGGGCUGAGCAAGACAAGUCCGGUCAUUGUACUACAGCAGGAGCAAGUUCGCCAACAAGCCAGAGACAUCAAGUCAAAAUCGGGCAAGGGCGAGGCCAUGAACGACGGCGCAGGGAGAAUCUCACCCAGCCUGAUGAGAAAGGUCCGCGACGGGCUUGGCCUGCAGUCGAUUCCCAGUGCCAUACAGGGCCGACUUGGGAGCGCAAAAGGAAUGUGGGUCGUUGACAUCAAGGACGUCGGCGGCGAGGAUUGGAUCGAGACGUGGCCUCUCCAGAGGAAGUGGGAGUGUGACAUGGCCGAACCGGCACACAGGACUCUAGAAGUCCGGUCCUGGUCUACUGAACUUACCUCAGCAAGCCUGAAUGUCCAAUUCUUACCGAUUUUGGAGGACAGAGCCCUUGACCCCAAGGCCAUGAGGGAAAAAUUCGUCCAGAGCAUGAACACGGAAUCAGAGCAACAGACCGAGGCCCUCAAGGCAGCCAUGCAGCAAGCAGAAUCCUUCAGAAAAUGGAUCCGCGAACAAUCUCCUCAGAACUCGUACCGCAUGGGUGGUACCAGUGUACCCUUCCUAGGUGGUCUUCCACAGGGCACCGAAGAUAUCAUGAGCUUCCUCGUCGACGGAGGCUUCCAGCCCACCCAGCUCAAAUUCCUGCACGAUCUUGUCUUCCAGAAGAUGAAACAAAAAGGAGACUCGACUAAGCAGGAUCUCAAGAUCAGAAUCCCCAGGUCCACGUACGCAUACAUCCUGCCAGACUUCUGGGGGGUCGUCAAGCCCGGAGAGGUCCACCUGUGCUUCUCGUCCAAGUUCAACGAUGGUUCCGACGAGCUUUCUGAUCUGGAUGGCCUCGACGUCCUCGUCUCUCGAUCACCAGCCCAUCUCCCCAGCGAUGUCCAAAAAGUAAGGGCAACCUAUCAUCCUGAGCUCCGCCACCUCCGCGACAUCGUCAUCUUCUCCACCAAGGGCGAUGUUCCUCUGGCCUCUCUACUCUCGGGUGGUGACUAUGACGGAGACAAGGUCUGGAUCUGCUGGGACGCCGAUAUUGUGAACAACUUUGAGAACCACCCCUUGCCACCAAAACCAGAUUUCUCGCCGUAUUUAGCCAAGGACCGGGCCACAUUGAGAGAUCUCCAAGUUGAGCACGGGAACGGCGACUAUGUGAAUGUGAUGCUCGAAAAAGCAUUUUGCUUCAACCUCAGACAAAAGCUCCUCGGAUCCUGUACAUCGUACAAAGAAAAGUUAUGUUAUCACUGCUAUCGGGUCUGCGACGAGGUUGCCAUCAAGAUCAGCUGGCUGCUCAGCGAACUUGCUGAUCAGCCAAAACAAGGCAUCCUCUUUGGACAAAACGACUGGAACCGUUUCCGAGACGACGUCGUAGGAACGAGACGACAAUAUCCAGCACCGGCUUACAAGUCGGCCCUCCAGCUUUCUUCCAUGAGCGCUGAACCUAGACACAUUAUCGACUACCUCAUGUACGAAGCAAAGAAAGUUGUCGACAUCGCGCUGACCGACCUUCACAAAUUCUUGGGCUCUUGCGGCGCAAGCACAAUCGACCGGGACGUCAAUGCCUACUGGAAUCAGUUUGAGAUUGACUUUGGCGGGAUGCGACUCAGGGGGAAACCGCGCAACACAUGGUUUCCAGCCCUUCGCGACGGGCUGAGGUCUGACGUAGAGGCGUGUUUGGCUGAAUGGGAUCGUGCGAUGCGCUCUGGCGUCAAAGACUAUCGCGACAAGGUCAAGCACAUACACACAAAAUGGAAAGAGAUCCAACCCCGGUUUGGGGUUGAGCAAGAGGGCAUGAGCGAGUCUGCCGAGGCGGUUGAAAAGUUCCUGAUGGAGUCUGGAUGGACGGUGGCGGAGCUGAGCCGGUGGGAGCUGCUCAAGGCCAGCUUCGCAUUCAAGCACUACCACCGACGCCGUUUCGUCUGGCAGAUGGCUGGCAGGCAACUGCAGGCCAUCAAGGCUCUUUCCGUACGAUGUGAUGGCGCGGUAUCUUCACAGCAGCAGCAGCAGCAGCAAGAGAAUGUGCCGAUACUCGUGACCUCCAACAUGUAUGCAGCCCUCAAACCAGACAACACCUAUAUCAAACGGCUCGUCGCGAUGGAAGGAGGAGAUGGAUUCAUUGUACCUGAUGUGGGUCCAGAUGUCUCAGUGGGCUUAGAGGGACUGCCAUGGGGAGCCAGCCAGCAAGAGGAUGAUUGA